AUGUUGAACUCGACCUUUAAGCUAGUGUUUCGCCAUUCACAUGCAAUAUCCAAAACCCUUCGGUUUCGAGUAGACAGGAAGUCCUUGACGAGUCAUACUGGAACCUUUAACUCAGAUGUGACGAGGCAUUUAUCAAAACCUGUCGACAUUCGAUUAAAUUCAUUAUCAUCGCAAACGGGUUGUGAUAUUCUUGGUAAGGCUGAAUUCAUGAACCCAGGAGGAAGUGUGAAAGAUAGAGCAGCAUUAUGGGUAGUAAAGGAUGCGGAAGACAAAGGUACCUUGAAGCCUGGUGGGACCGUUAUCGAAGGCACAGCGGGGAAUACAGGAAUCGGACUUGCUCAUGUAUGUCGAAGUCGAGGGUAUAAAUGUGUGAUCUACAUGCCUAAUACACAAAGUCAGGAAAAGAUUGACUUGUUAAAGAUGCUGGGGGCUGAAGUUUACCCGGUUCCGGCUGUUGCUUUCGACAACCCGGAAAACUAUAAUCACCAGGCUGCCCGUCACGCUGAAAGACUCCAAAACGCAGUCUGGACAAAUCAAUUUGACAACAUCGCCAACAGGGACGCGCACAUCAAGACGACUGGACCCGAGAUCUGGCAACAAACAGAAGGAAAUUUAGAUGGAUUCAUCUGCUCAACUGGUACAGGAGGAACAUUGGCAGGAGUUACGCGAUAUCUCAAAGAAGUUUCAAAUGGUAAAGUCAAAUGUUUUCUAGCGGAUCCACCUGGAAGUGUGUUAUACAGUUACGUCAAGUCAGGUGGUAAACUUAUGGAUCGUCAGGGUGGGAGUAUUACGGAGGGUAUCGGUCAAGGUAGAGUGACUGAGAACUUGAAACCAGAAAUCGAAGGUGGUUUGAUAGACGAUUCGGUAUUUGUGUCAGAUGAAGAGAGUAUCCUCAUGGUCUAUAGGAUGUUAGAUGAAGAAGGCAUUUACCUCGGUGCUAGCUCAGCUCUCAAUGUGGCAGCAGCCGUGAAGAUGGCGGAGCAACUCGGAAAAGGUCAUCGAAUUGUGACAAUGAUGUGUGAUAGUGCAGCCAAGUAUCAAACUCGUUUGUUCUCUAAGAGUUGGUUAGAGAGCAAAGGCUUGUAUGAUUCCAUUCCAAGUCACCUGCAGAAAUAUGCUUCAUUGAAGUAG